GGGCGGGCGGCGGGGCGCAGCGCAGCGCAGCGGGCGGCCAUGGCGGCGGGCAGCGCCAUUCAGAUCCCCAGCCGCCUGCCGCUGCUGCUCACCCACGAGGGCGUACUGCUGCCCGGCUCCACCAUGCGGACCAGCGUGGACUCGCCGCGCAACAUGCAGCUGGUGCGCAGCCGGCUCCUGAAGGGCACGUCGCUGCGCAGCACCAUCAUCGGUGUCAUCCCCAACACCAGCGACCCCACGUCCGACUGCGACGACCUGCCCUCCCUGCACAGGAUUGGCACUGCUGCUCUGGCAGUUCAGGUGGUUGGUAGCAACUGGCCCAAGCCGCAUUAUACAUUGCUGGUUACGGGCCUCUGCCGAUUCCAGAUACUGCAGUUGCUGAAAGAGAAGCCGUAUCCAGUUGCUGAAGUUGAACAGUUGGAUCGACUUGAGCAGUUUACUAACCAGCAUAAAUCUGAGGAGGAGCUUGGAGAGUUGUCAGAGCAAUUCUAUAAGUAUGCAGUACAGUUGGUUGAGAUGCUGGAUAUGUCUGUUCCUGCAGUUGCAAAGCUGAGACGUCUUCUGGACAACCUGCCUAGAGAAGCUUUGCCAGAUAUACUUACUUCUAUCAUCCGUACAUCCAACCAAGAGAAGCUUCAGAUUUUAGAUGCUGUUAGGCUGGAGGAGCGGUUCAAGAUGACUAUACCAUUGCUUGUUAGACAAAUUGAAGGACUGAAGCUGCUUCAAAAAACAAGAAAACCCAAACAGGAUGAUGAUAAAAGGGUUGUAGCUAUUCGUCCUAAUAGAAGAAUCAAUCACAUUCCAAGCACUACAGAAGAUGAGGAGGAGGAGGAAGAUCAUGAUGAUGUUGUCAUGCUGGAAAAAAAGAUAAGAACAUCCAGUAUGUCAGAACAAGCUCUUAAAGUUUGUCUUAAGGAAAUAAAGAGAUUAAAGAAGAUGCCGCAGUCAAUGCCAGAAUAUGCUUUGACAAGAAAUUACUUGGAACUUAUGGUAGAAUUGCCAUGGAACAAGAGUACGAAAGAUCGCCUUGAAAUUCGUGCAGCUCGAAUUCUUUUGGAUAAUGAUCACUAUGCUAUGGAGAAGUUGAAGAAGAGAGUUUUGGAGUACUUAGCUGUCAGACAGCUUAAAAACAACCUCAAGGGACCCAUUCUUUGUUUUGUGGGGCCCCCAGGAGUUGGUAAAACUAGUGUUGGAAGAUCAAUUGCAAAGACUUUGGGUCGAGAAUUCCACAGAAUCGCCUUAGGAGGAGUCUGUGAUCAGUCUGAUAUUCGAGGCCACAGACGCACCUACGUUGGCAGUAUGCCUGGCAGAAUAAUCAAUGGACUGAAGACAGUUGGAGUUAACAAUCCAGUAUUCCUUUUAGAUGAGGUUGAUAAACUGGGCAAGAGCUUGCAGGGAGAUCCUGCAGCAGCCUUACUAGAGGUCUUGGAUCCAGAACAAAAUCACAGUUUCACCGAUCACUACUUAAAUGUAGCCUUCGAUCUGUCCCAAGUCCUUUUCAUAGCUACAGCCAAUACUACAGCUACUAUCCCACCUGCACUGCUGGACAGGAUGGAAGUCAUUCAAGUUCCAGGUAACACUAAAAAGAAAAAAAUUGAAAUUGCUCAUAGACACUUGAUUCCUAAACAGCUUGAACAACAUGGCCUUACUCCGCAGCAGAUACAGAUUCCACAAGUAACCACUUUAGACAUCAUUACUAGAUACACUAGAGAGGCAGGAGUACGCUCUCUGGAUCGAAAGCUGGGAGCUAUUUGCAGAGCAGUGGCAGUGAAAGUGGCAGAAGGACAACACAAAGAAACAAAGCCAGAUCGUGCUGAAGUGGGUGAAGGAGAAGAUUGCAAAGAACACGUCACUGAAGACACAAAAGCAGAAUCCAUCAGUGACACGGCUGACCUGGCUCUGCCACCUGAAAUGCCAAUUUUAAUUGAUUUCCAUGCCUUAAAAGAUAUCCUGGGGCCACCCAUGUAUGAAAUGGAGGUAUCUGAACGCUUAAGCCAGCCAGGAGUGGCCAUAGGCUUGGCUUGGACUCCACUAGGGGGAGAGAUCAUGUUCGUAGAAGCCAGCCGCAUGGACGGAGAAGGUCAGCUGACUUUGACUGGUCAACUCGGAGAUGUCAUGAAGGAGUCGGCACAUCUUGCAAUUAGCUGGCUGCGCAGCAAUGCAAAGAGAUACCAGCUGACUAAUGCUUCUGGAAGUUUUGAUCUCCUUGACAACACUGACAUCCAUCUGCACUUCCCAGCUGGAGCUGUCACAAAAGAUGGACCAUCUGCUGGCGUUACCAUAGUAACCUGCCUUGCUUCUCUCUUCAGUGGGCGGCUGGUGUGUUCAGAUGUAGCCAUGACAGGAGAAAUCACACUAAGAGGCCUUGUUCUUCCAGUUGGGGGAAUUAAAGACAAAGUCCUGGCAGCACACCGAGCUGGACUGAAGAGAAUUAUCAUUCCUCAAAGAAAUGAAAAAGAUCUUGAAGAAAUUGCAGUGAACGUACGGCAAGAUUUGACUUUUAUUAUGGCAAGCUGUCUGGAUGAAGUUCUUAAUGCAGCUUUUGAUGGAGGAUUUUCAGUUAAGCCCAGAGUUGAGCGUUUGAAUAGUAAACUUUAAGUAGACAGGCUGAGAUUAACUUCUAUAUCAAGUUUUAAUAGAGAUCAGUAACUAUCAAGUAUAAAUACAAGGUACACUUGAUUGUUUAAAUGUGGGUGUAAGUGCAAUCAAAAUAAAAAAAAUUACUUUAGCAGUUAACAACCCAAAACUGCAUUUUAUGGGCAUGUGCUACUACAAAGAAUCUUGGGGGGGAAAAAAAAAACUUAUUUCUUCAUAGUGGGUUUCAAGUAUAAGAAAGCUGAAGUUCUUGAGAAAUAUUUGCUUACUUUAUCUGGUAUGUAUUUAUAGAAACGUCAACAGCUGAUUAUAUCCGUAAAGGGGGAAAAAACCCCUAGACAGGGAAUAGUAUGCAAUUUGUGUAUUCAGAGGCCACAAACUGCAGCAAAUGCUGCCUAGCAAGAGGAGCUAAUAGAGAUGGGAUGUCACCCUGAUUUGAUGCAGUUUUCUUACUUAGGAAAUAGCAUUGAAGCAAUAUACUAAGGAGCAGUGGCAUCACAGAAAAAACAUUUUUUGAAAUUUAAAAAAAUACUUAAAGGAUUUAACCAGAUACAAUAUAGUCUAAAUUAAGUUAGUAAAUCCUUUCAGCACUCACAAGAGUUGUAGUCUGUAGCAAUAUCAAUGUAGAUAUCAUUUUUCAAACCUAAAUACAGGAAUGCAUUAACUUUUGUCUAGGAAGGGAGAUAAUGCACUAAGGUUCACAUAUGCAAAGUUGUACUUACAGCACUGGAAGUAGGUGGAGUGUACCUGAAAACUUCAUGAGAAAGACUGAGCAUGGUAACAUUUUGGAGGGACAAAGUACAUGUCCUUAAUUCUUACCCAAUACAGAACUAGGAAUAUUGAUUCUGGGAUGCUUGUUUAGACUCUAAAAUUAAAUCAAUUUAAGCAAUGUCAAGAAGACUACUGGAUAGUUAAAUUGCAUUAGGUAACGCACACUGUGAAUAAUGUAAGGUUUCAGAAAGUGUGUCAGUAUCCUAUCUGAGCUGAUAGCUUUGUGUCUUAUUUUCCCUUGAAUGCUAGAGAAUAUAGAAAUUUAACCUUAUGUAAGCUACAAUUCUUGAGUUUUUCACUGUUUUACACUAGGGUCAAGCACAAGAGAAAACCCAGUAUCAUAGUCUGUUCUUGCUCAUUAAUCCUGAAACAAACUCAAGUGUGCUUAUGAAAUGCAAAUUGUAUCAGUUACAAAAGCCUCUUAAAAAGCAACCAAUAAAUCAAAAUUAGUA